GGGACCGUUCGCGUGUGCGCAAGAGCCGGCAGCUUUGGACAUGGCCGCAGUGUACGACGCGGCGUGCUCAUCCUGCCAGGCCUGGGCAACAACGCCGCUGAUUACGGCCCGCUUGCAUCGCUGCUGGAGGCGCGUGGGAUGGCCGUGGAGGUUGCGCAGGUGUCCCGGCUGGACUGGUCUCGCAACGCAGCGGCCUUGGUGGACCCCAACUGGUGGAAGGGGACGCUGCAGCCGCGGCCAGCUGUCAACUGGUACCUGGAACGCGCGGAUCGAGCCAUGCAGAAGUUGAAACGUCGCGUCGAAGCCGCCGACGCGCCCAUCACGAUGCUAGCUCACUCGGCCGGCGGCUGGCUGGGUCGAGUGUACCUGAUGCACUGGGGCACGGCGGGCGUUGACCGUUAUGUGUCCCUUGGGUCACCCCACAUGCCACCGCCUCGGGACGCCCCGGGAGUGGUUGACCAGACACGGGGCCUGCUGACCGCUUGCAACGAGGCAUGCCCGGGGGCCUACCACAGCUCGAUCAGCUACGUUACUAUCGCAGGCAAGUUCCUACACGGGGCACCCCUGGUGGGACCACCCACUGCUGCUACAGCAGUCCACACAACGACGCCGCCGACGCCGCCUGCGGCUGCAGCAGCAGCCGCAUCCGCAACCCCGGCAGUAGCAGCGGCGGCGGCGGCGGCCGCCGGCGCGGCCACCAACCCCAGAUCCGCUGCGGAUUUAGUGGCAGCGUUGAGGCGGGUUGCUGCUGCUGCGGGCAGGGGCGGCCGGGGCGGAGGCUACGAGGGUGUUGGUCGGGCGCAGGGACAGGGACAAGCGCAGGAGCAGCAGAAGGUGCCGCUACUGGCCAGACUGGCCGGCGCAGGUUACCAACAGGUGUGCGGCCACCCUGAGGUGUGGGGCGACUUCAUCGUGCCGCAGCCCUCGGCGCACCUGCAUGGGGCCACGCAGGUGGACCUGGAGGGGGUGUUCCACUCGCCGCUGGGGGAGAGGCUGCCGUUCUUUGGGCCAUGGUACGGAUCGGAACAGGUUCUGGACCUCUGGUUUCACCACCUAACCGGAGAGGACGAGGAGAAGGAGCAACAACUGCUGAGGCAAGAACUGCAGCGGAUGCAGGGCCCAGACGGCGCUGCGGUCAUCAUUCCUGCAAACGGCUCGUCGGCGGUGAAUGAGGUGUUGAUGUCAGCGGGGAGAGGAGCGAUGGCGGGCGCGAUAAAGCACUGAAGAUCUGUUCCGCUCGUUUCUUUCUCUUGAUGUUUAUAUUUUGUAGCCUUUAUGGAUAGUAUCAACAAGACAUAUGAGUAAAGUUGAACGUUCAAAAAACGUUAUGAGGAUUUAGCCACUUCUAAUUAUACGGAUGUUGCGUUUGACAGUUGUGAGCAUGGCUUCAGCAGGAGGAUGGAAUUGCUGUGGAUACAGAGGCGUUGCAGCAAUGAUUUGAGGGACAUACAUUAGCCUGUCAGGCGGAAUGUGCGAGGUCAGGACGGGGAUUAUGACUUCAGAGAGGCCUAUCUGAAGUUAAGCCUAACUGUGUUUGGCUGCAAGAGGGCGACACGGGAAGAGCCUAAAGUGCGGAGGAGCUAACUCUGGCAUGGUGGGUAUUGUUAAUUAUGAUCGAAGGGCCGCCUAAGCUGCUGUGUAUGCUACCUGUAUGCUUGCUUUUUACAGGCUUUGAGAAAUGUUUCAAUGACCGUUUCUGUGUUCAAACGUACGAGGUACCACAAGGUAGUAGGGGUUAUAACUUGGAUGCGGCUGUAGCCGGAUCAGACCAGCAGACCCGCGGUACGGUGUUUCGCAACCUAUGCUGCCGCAGCUUUUGCAAGAGGACCUUUUGCUUACUUUGUGCUUUUAGACAUCAAUAAUUUGCUGUCAACUUGCCUUUGCCAUACUUGCCGAACACAUUCCUAGACCUUUUGGCCAUUUUGCAUGCCCAUAUCAGGAUGCGUAGGUAACAUCUUUGAUAUUGUGAUGAUAUGAUGUAAACUCUUGCAACAAUGUCUACCUUGGAGCAGAAGUUGAAGGAGACGCAGCGUCGGCGACUUCUGGGCCAGAGCUUAGGCAUUUCAUACCAAGGCAAUUCGUCUCAUCAUGGCUCGUUUUAUCAAGCCGGUAUCUCUCCUUGGUCGCUAACGAGCGUCAAGCGAUGCCAACGAUUGAAGGCGGCCAUUCCUCGGGCUGCCCCGCUGAUUGAGCAAGAAAUUCAGGCACGCACCUCACCUAACUUCACCUCGGAGGUAACAGACCUUGAGGCCGAAGAUGACUUGGUUGAUGUGUGCGAGGACCCAUUGGACAUUGUGGAGGAACUGGUUGAAGUCUACAACAGUACGGAUGAGUGCCACCGUAUGCACGAACUGGACGACCGCCUUUCCCAGUUGCAACAAGGCCUUGAAAUUUUUCGGUUCGGCACUGGCAGGGCACUCAUCGCAGGCCUGGGGAGCCGGCUCCGCGCUGCUGCUGCCACCCCCAGCAGCGCCAACAGCGACAAUGCUGCCAGCAUCCCUGCCGACGCCACUGCCCAAACCACGGAUUCCAAGCAACACCCCGUUGCUCAGCCCGCGGCUGCUGCUGAUGCUGCUGCCGCGCCUGAGGCGCCUGCUGGUAUGACAGGAGCAGCGGCGGAGGCGACGUCAGCGCAGCCGGGAGUUCAGCGGCCGCCCGAGGGGGCCUCACAGCUGCCGGAGGACCAACAGCAGGAGCAGCAGCAACCGCAGAAGGCAGGGCAGCAGCGGCAGCAGCAGCGGGUCUCCUCCCUACCCGACGCCGACGAGCAGGAGCUGCGAGAGGCCCUGGUGCUGGCCAGCGAGCUGCGGGAGGUGCUGCUGAGGCUGCGGCCUACACUCAUGGAGGUAGGUCAGCUGGCCUCCUCGAUCGUGUCAGCCACCGCCGGGGAGGUCAGCGAUGCGGAGGACUGGCUGUCUGACGAGGAGGAGGAGGAGGGCGACGACAUGGCCCUGACUUGCUCAAGGAGGCCCGGGAACGCGGAUGAAGUGGAGGGAAGCAGCCGCAGGGAUCACCAGAACAGCAACGGCGGUGACAGCCAUUGCGGUAGCAGCAGCAGCAACUGCAGGGCAAAAGGAAAGCCGGGCGGUGCGUCAACCGGCAGCAGCAGCGCAACGCAUGGUGGGGAUGAGUUGGCAGGCAGGUGCACCUCUAGGAUGGACAGUGUCAGCAGCAGCGCUAGCAGCAGCAGUACAUUGCCGUACGAGCCGGCUGCAGCUGCUGCUGCAACAGCAACAAGUUCGGCAGGAGCGGAACCAGCAUGCAGCGCCGGGAGUGAUGCCCCUGGUAUGGCAGAGCCAGUACAACAGCAGCAGCAGCAGCGGAAGGCGGGGCCUGUAGGUCUGCCUCCUCUUUUGCACUGCAACCCGCAGCACCGCCUCCCACCGGCUGGUCCCGCCAGCGAGCCAGCAGGGGGAGCAGGGGCGGGUGAUGGCGCUCCCUCCCUCCCUCCCUCGCCUCCGCAUACGCCGCCGGCGCCGCCUCCUGCUCCUGUGAUGGCCUUCUUCUCCAGAGCCAUGAGUGACCUCAUGCACCCCAAGAGCGGCAGCAGCCCCGAUGGCUCCGGUGCCGGCCCCAGCGGCGCAGGUACCAAGCAGCCGGGGCAGCAGGGGGAGCAGCAGCUGCUGCAGGGGGAGGUGCAGCAGCCUCAGCCACCGCAGCCGCAGCAAGGUUCUACCACUGAAGGCGCCUCGGAGGACGACCCCCAGCAGCAGCAGCAGCAGUGGAGGGACGCGGCGCAGCAUCCCCAGCAGCCGCAACCCCAUCAGCAGCACCCCCAGCAGCACCAGAAGCGGGAGUUGUCCGCUGCGGAGCGGGCGGCACGGCGGGCCCAGCUGCAAAGCGCUGUGUGGUGGUGCCUGGGCGCAGUGCUGCUGUCCGGCUCCAAGGACCGUCUCCCACUGGCCGCAGAGGAGGACAGCGAGUGGCGCCGCCGGCCGCUGCAGUCGCUGCUUGGCCGCACGCAGGAGCUGCUGCUGCGGGACCUGCGGCGGGCGCGGAGGAUGCUGGAGGCGGGUGACGAUGCGCAUCUGGUGGCGCUGGAGGCGGGCACCCUCAACAGGCUCCGACAGAGGAUCGCAUCCCGCUUCUCCAGGAGCUUGCGACAGCUCGACAUCGUUGGCUGCAUGCGGGUCCGCUUUGGCCAGCUCAUAUGUUCGCAGACCGGCUUGACAACAGGGACAACCAUGGCCAUGUCUCCCGCCGGCCGCAGCAACAUCAGCAGCAGCCGCCUGGGGGGCAGCUCUGGUGCCGUUGGCGCUGCUGCGAAGAUAUGGCUGCGAUUAGCUGAGUUCGCCGUGGCAAGGGCGGUGGCUGAAUUUCCGCUAGCCGUGGCGCUGGAUCAAGAUGCGGACCUUGAAGAGGGGCGUGCGAAGGGCAAAGGAGGAGGAGAGGACCGGGCGGGUGGUGGCAGCGGCGGCAGCGGGGGCAGUGGAAGCCAGGGGGACAAGGAAGGGAGCUUGGCAAAGGUUCGACGGCAGUGCGCGGAGGCCGCGCGGGCCAUCUCCCAAACAAUCAUCAGCGAGGAGCUGCUCCCCAUCCUAGCUGCGGAGGCUGUGCGCUCCCGUGUCGUGCAGGCCAAACAGGAGUUCAUCUCCAUCGUAAGCGACAAGGCCGCAGCCCUCAAGAACAGUGCAACACGCGGCACCGCUACCGCUACCGCAGCUGGCAGCAGCACCCCUGCUGCUGCUGCUGCUGCUGCUGCUGGUCCCGCUGCAGCAGCCGCGCAUGUAGCUGCAUCUGCCGCCGCGGCGCAUGCGGCCGGGGCCGAGAUGGCUGCUCGGGUGCCCGAUGCGCGGCUGGAGGCUGCGCGUGCGAACUGGGAUGGCACGGAGGCGUUGUUGAAGCUUCUGGAGCAGCAAACAAAGCUGUUGAGCAACCCAGCCAGCAGCAAGACGGGUGCCGCUACUGCUGCUGGUGGUGAUGGUGCUGGUGUUGCUGGUGGUGCUGUCAAGGAUGUUGCCAAGAAUGCUGCGGAAGGUGUCCCAGCUGCUGGCAGCACGUCAGCGGUGGGUGCAGGAGCCAAGCAGACGCCAUCCGCGCGCGAUGAGGAGGGGAGCGAGAAUGGCGCUGCCGUGGGAGCUGCAGCACCGGUAGCAGUGGCAGCAGCAGCAGCAGGUGGUAAGCAAGAGGCGGACAGCAGUGACAGCAGCAGCGGCGGCAGCGGCAGGCCUGCAGCCUCUUCCUCCUCAUUUCACUGGUGGGAGGAGCUUGCAGACAUGUUUUGGUGGUGUGACAGGUGGGGUAUCGUGCCGUGCAUCUUUGGGAGCUCCGUGGCGGUGUCCCAGCUGCGCCGCAAAGGCGGCAGCAGCAGCAGCAGCCGCAGCUACGAUGGCGCUGCCGACGCGGAGGAGGAGGGGCCUCACGGUAUCAACCGAGACGUGAUGUCGUUUCUGGCACAAAAGGCAGACCUAAACCUCAUACAAAAGGCGGCAAAGGAGCUUCGUCCCGUCGUCUGCCUGGGCGGCUCGUCCAUGGCACAUGUGCUCCGCGCCUACUCCCGACGUGCUGAGAUGCUGGCGCUGCUGCCCAUAGCGGUGCACGGACCCCGAAUAGUGACACCCGAGGCGGAGGCAGCUGCAGGGGUUGCUGCUGGCCGGCAGGGCACCAACGCUGUGCUGAUGGGCAUUGGGGGGGAUGAGGACGAGGACCCGCACCACCCCGGCGCCGACACCGAGGGCUGUGUGGUGCUGCAGCCGCUGGGCGCCCUGACGCACCGAGUGACCUGCGGAACCCGGCUGACGGUGCAGGGCAAGAACGUGGCGACGCUGGCGGCAUGGCUGUUGGGCCGGGCACUGGCUCGAGGUCAUGGGGGCGUGCUGGAGUGCAAGAGCACCCAGGAUGUGCAGAGCGUGCUGCUGGCUUGCUCCAAGGUUCGGCAGCAACGCUUAGCGGAGGGCAAGUCCGAGAUCGCCCUGAUUGUCACCCCCAAGCAGGACGUGUUAUCAAAGCUGGGGGCUCGCAGCGGCGGCAGUCUGCUUAUCGCAACGGAGGACCUGUAUGAGCACCUCGCGGGUCGUGUGACGCUGGCGGUGUGCGAGGUGUGGGAUGUGGACUGGGAGCGGCGGUCGGUGACCCUGCAUGAGAGCCUGGUGAGCAGCGGGCACGAUGACGAUGAUUGAGGGCGCACGUUGCAGCAGCAGGAGGUGAAGAGGUGGUGGAGGUGUAGAGAUAGGGUAUGGGUGCACGGAGAUUGGAGUUAUCUUGAUACUGGAGAGGAGGACUGGAAGGGCAGGGCGGGUGAAGUAAGCGUAGGCGUUGGUGAGGUAGGGUAGGAGAGGUAGAGGAGGACGAGGGAAGGGCUAAGGAAGGAAGGAGCAGCCGGAUCUGAUGGUGGAUGCGUGGUGGUGAAGGCAAGUAGGUAACCAUCCAAUGCCGAUUACCUUGGUGGUGGUGGUGGUUGUAGGCGAGAGUAGGCGAGGGUAGGACUUGGUGAAGGGUGGUACUGAAUGAGAAGAAGGGUGGGCGUGGUUUGGGGCCAUGGGGGCGGACGGGGGACAUGCUUACUUGCUGAGAGGUUGUGUGUAGCAUGUUGACUGUAGACGAGGAAAGGCUUGCACGUGGAUGAGGAGGCACAGGCAACAAACAACAGGUAGCAGGAAGGCGCGGCUUGGACAGCUGGGGUGGAUUCGUCGUUGCCAGUGUGAGCUUUGUGACAGGUGAUGACAGGGUUACUAGCUUAGCCCUGAUGCUGACAGAGAUGCUAGGAGUGAUGGUAACAAAGCGCGG